GCGCGCGCCCGGAGCGGCGGGAGAAGGAGGAGAAGGAGGAAAAAGAGGAGGAAAAGGAAAAAGGAGGAGGAGCGCACGGUAUCCUGUAGCAUGGCAGGUGAAGAAGACUUCUUUUUGGAGGAGAAAAGAUUCAGGCAGUUCUGUGAAGAGUUUGUUAAGCAUUCACAGCAGAUUGGAGAUGGCUGGGAGUGGAGGACUAGCAAGGACCUUGGUGAUGGUUAUCUUAGUAAGACACAUUUCCAAGUAAGAAACAGACACAUCCCACCAGACCUCAAGGAGAAAAACAAUGAUAACAGUGAACAAAUGUUAUUUGCACAUGUAGAAGAGCCCUCGGAUGACUCCCAGGCUGCUGGGGUUUGCAGCACAGAAGAAGUGGUUCGCUACGAGUACCACGUCCUCUACUCCAGCAGCUACCAAGUGCCUGUGCUGUAUUUCAGAGCCUGCUUCUUGGAUGGAAGGCCUUUAACUCUGGAUGAAAUAUGGGGAAGUGUUCAUGCAUCCUACCAGGCUCGUCUGCAGGAGGGGCCCUGGGACACUAUUACACAGCAGGAGCACCCCAUCCUCGGGCAGCCUUUCUUUGUCCUGCACCCCUGUCGAACCAAUGAAUUCAUCUCUGCUGUGCUGAGAGGCUCACAGGAGCACCACAGACACAUAAAUUACAUCACACUGUGGCUCAGUACUGUAGGCCCAGUUGUUGGCCUGAAUCUGCCUCUGAGUUAUGCAAAACUGGCACCUGAGCAGAGCACGGCUGCUGCUGUGGCUGAAAGGGCCCUGAGCUGAAGGACUGGGAGUGGUUAGGCUGUGAUACAGCUGCUGCAGACUUCCCUGGGGUGAAAGUGAAGGUUCCUUCCUGGCUGCUCAGCCAUGCCAGAGUGGAAAUGGUUGCUCAUGGCUCUUUCUGUGGCCAGAACUCGGCAGUGAUGAUGGUGGGAAUUGGCUGCAGCUGUGGGAGCAUCUCCCCAGCACCACCCAGACCUGACCUCCCUUGCAGUCACUCAUCUCCUGCUGAGGCUGCACACACAUGCACAAGCCAGAGCUGCUGGAUCUACUGAACUUACCUCUAGAAAAUCUGCACCAUCUGUGGGGCAGAAAAAGGAAUAUGAACACAGAGGAAUGCUCGUGGGGCUUGGUGUGAGCUUGUGGCAGCCAGGGCAUGGCUGAGACUGGGAGCCACCUUCCCCAGCACACAGAACAUCCUCAUCCCGGGAAUAUCCCCCACACACCACACCUCAGGGAGCAAACAGGGUCAGGGCUGUCACACACAGAGCCCUUGGAGCCUGCACAGGGAGCAGGUCCAGCUCUGGAGCUCAGGAGCCUGGAGCAGCCCUGUGGGAACAUCUGGCUCUGCCCUGCUCUGCUGCCUGCCAGGGAAGCUCCCCGUGCCCCCGGGAGCUGCUGUUCUUCCCAAUUAGUGUUUCUCCUUGUAGCUGUGGUUGUUCACAGGUUUGCUCCCUACCCUGCACUGCUGCUGCAGCCUCCCCUGACAGCUGCUGGGUUUGGGGAUUGCCUGGUGGUGCUGCCAUGGAGAGCCAGAUGAUGAGGAACUUCCCUACCACCCAUCCUGGCUUCUCUCCCGCUCCCAUUUUAUUUGCAGUGUAAAACAGAGUCUGAGCAGCUGACACUGGAGCACAGAUUUCACUCUCUGCAUUCAGCAAUUGCCACUUGCACGCAGAGUCUAGGGUGUGCCACGUCAGAGAUGCAUCCAGAUUCUCUUGUUUCAAAUUAUGUUUUUAACUUCCAUUACUUGCCACUGGUGGACAUGGAAUACAGAGUGCAGUCCUUCAAAUUCCAUGGGUGCAGAAUUUGUUUGCCAGACAUUUGGAAUUAAUUAUGAAAGCACAUAGUUUAUUUUGUUCUGUGUCAUAUCAACCUGAAAAGCCAUUUUUCUCAUGUAAGAAUUACAAAAUAUGGCCCGCAGCUACAUUGAUUUUUUUUAACACUUUUGGUAACACAUGUUUGAUAAUUGCAUCCACAGCUCAUUUUUAAAUUUAAGUGAGACUUAGACAGGAGGAAGAGCCAACAAAAAGAGGUAACAGCAGGUUUAAGAGCUGUUAAAUGUUCACCCCUGCUCUGUGAACUUCACUUGUAAUACCCUGGAACAGUAGAAGCACUCAGCUUUCAAAAUGUGUAAUUUAUAUGUAAAGGAAAAUAAAUAUUUGUAUUUUAUAUUGAACAA